AUGGCGAAGAACGCAGGAACAUAUGCCAUUAGUAGAUCACUUGAUGCCGCCACAGUGGACGAAAUUAAAAAUUAUUUAGAUUCGUUAAACCCUUAUGUCCAUGACUUCCGGCGGUUAAGUGAUGAGCCCUUGGAAAGGCAGGUUCGGGAUGACAUAGCAGGAGACGAGACCGUCCAAGACAAAUUAAAUGUGACAUCCCUACUAUACUACAGAUUGUUAUUGCAGGUUGAUGAUCCGCUGGAUCAGGCCAUCAAGUUCCUACAGCCACUGCAGUUGCUGAGUUCAAACCUGCUGGAGACUCAUCUGAUGGCAUAUGAGAUUUACUCCAGGAAAGACAAGCCUCUGCUGAUGCUGCAAAGUGUGCGUCGCAUGCACCGACUGGCACCAGAGGAUCCAGCCGUCCAUGCCUGUGUGAUCCAACUGAGCCUGAGGUACCAGGAGUGGCUGGCACAGGGCCGACUACCGGCACCGUGUCGACAAGUCCUGGCACAGUGCAUGGAGCCUAUCACUGGUGACCGCCCCCCAUUGACCAUCAACCAACAGUUCCUAGACAAAUACACCAACUACCUCCCCGCUGUCUUUCCAAGGUGCUCGUAUGAUGUAUUUGCUGGACCCGACGAGUCAAGCUACAGCCAUAAAACUCGCAACCGACCUGGAUCCUUCCCUGAGCGGAGUGUCCAUCCCGAUAUGUACAGCCGUACUGAACUCACUGCGAAAAGGAGAGUUUGGCGAUUGUGGAGAUGCUGCCAGUGAGUACAUGAUUCGCUGUCAUCAACGUUUUCCGCUGGCCUCAGCCUUCAACCCCUCUCCACCGCCCAGCACUCCCUCGCCCUCUCCUGCCCACUGGGGACACUCUGGCGUGCUGGACAGCCAGGAGAACUGCCUCAGCAACUGACACACCCACUGUGGGACGGAAGUGUGUCUGCCCCAGCGGAGUUUAUG